AGAGGAUUUUCAACAAGCAAAGGCAAAACGGUUUUUGGACUUGACUGCCUUGCAGCUCGUCGGUCGCCAUCAAUCGUUUGUGUUAAUUCACCCCGUGUGCCAUUAAAAGCAAAAGCGAAGCACUCAGGUUCCAUCUUUUCUCCUCCCUUUACAAUAAAAUCUAAGCAAGUUUGCUCGAUUUGUGUAGCAAAUCCCUAGUGUGAUAAAUUCCAAUUUCAAGAAACACCACGGAAAAGAUCAAAUCACAAUGAGCUGGCAGGAUUAUGUUGACAAUCAGCUCCUGGCUUCCCAGUGCGUAUCGAAAGCGGCCAUUGCCGGUCACGAUGGUGGUGUAUGGGCCAAAUCAGACGGAUUCGAAGUAUCAAAAGAAGAGCUGGCGAAAAUAGUGCAAGGUUUUGACAAAACCGAACUGCUCACCUCAGGAGGCGUGACACUGGCCGGCCAGCGUUAUAUCUAUCUUUCCGGUACCGAUCGAGUGAUCCGGGCCAAACUGGGCAAGAUGGGGGUACAUUGUAUGAAGACACAGCAGGCUGUUAUAGUAUCUAUUUAUGAGGAGCCCGUACAGCCACAACAAGCAGCAUCAAUAGUUGAAAAGCUCGGAGAUUAUCUAAUUACCUGUGGUUAUUAGAAGAGGUAAUCUUUCUUACUGCUUUUUAUAAUUUAAACUUUAGAAACACAUUUGAAUAAAAAAAAAAUAAAGGAAAAAUGAGAAAAAAUCAUGAUACAGUAUAAGCUUAUUGCUAUAGGUUUGAAGUGAACGGUGAAAAAAUGAAAACAGUUGCGAAAACACUAUUUGUAAGAAUGAGAACGAGAAAAAAAGAAGAUUAUGAUUUUCUUCUUUUGCAAAGUCAAUAUUUAUAAGUUCCAUUUGCUAGUUUUUGUUUUUCUUGUUUUGAAAAGAUUGAGGGAUAAGUAAGAGAUCGAGAGAAAGGAUAUUUGCUGCUUUCACAUUAGUCUGAUUGAACAUUAUUUAUCCAUACUUCCUACCGAAGGUUGUUUGUGUUUGGUUCCUUUUUUGAAGCUUUUUUUCUGAAAUCAAUGUUCCCAUAAAUAAAAAACGUGAGGACUCGAAAUUUGUCAUUCAGGUUUGAUUUUUUAUUUAGUUUUCUUCUCUCUUUCUCCUUUAUUUACAGCCCACGGCGGCGGUGUGAGCGUAUAUCUCUUGUAUUUGUGUAAAAUCGUUUCCGUAUAUUAAGAAAUUGUAAUUUUGUAUUAGCUCAUUAAACCGUGCAGCAUCUCUUUAAAUUGGUGAAAUCGAAAGACAGAAAGAAGGCAGAUUACAAUGAUUAAGGUAAAAAAUCUGAAGGAAGGAAGAAGCGUGACCUUACAAUGAGAUCUCACAGAAUGAUUAUUCACUAACUCAUUCUCCGAUAACACAUGAGAUAAAUCAAGAGAGAACGAGGCAUGUAUAUUUGCAUGGGUUGUAAUGACAAAAACCGGGAGAACAAGAAAACAUGUAAAAUUUGAAACGCGAAGAAAGAUUUUGGGGCGGAAUUCGAUACCAUUUUUGAUGACAAAAAAUGGAAGGAAUGAAACGCAUAACUUACUCUACUAUCAUUAUCAUCCGUAAUUGUAUUAAUUAUUCAGAACAAACAGCUAGGGCACGAAACAGAUUUCGAUCAUUGAUUUGCUAAACAAAAAUAUUUUUCUUUGUCGGACAGCAUAAAUGAAAACAUGAUAUGAGAUAAACAAGCAAACACUAUGAUAAGCAUAAUACAAUGAUAAUAAAACAACAAGAAAAGGAUAACAGCGAAACAUAAUGGAAAAAUGUGUGUGAUUUACUACUAAUUUAACAGUAAGUGAAAGCAAAUGAAAAAUUAAAGAGUUUUUAUGUCUCUUUAUUUUUUAUAAAUUAUUGUAGAUUUUUGUGAUUAUAACUUAUACUUAUCUUAUAAUCGAAUGAAACAUGCUUAUGGUCUGUAGUUUUCAACAUUUCUUCCAAAACACAAACAUCCUUUUUCCUUUAUUUUCUGUCUAUCCAUUGAGCUACUUUUCAUCAAAGUCCUUUCAGAAAGAAAUAAAAGAAACUGAAAAGAUA